AUGAAAAGUGUUGACAUUAUUAAAUGUGAUAUGUGUUUCUUUUCACAUGAUGGUUUAUUUUUAAUAUACACAAUUAUAAAUAAGAUAUUUGUAAUACAAGUAAAAAAUUUUGAAAUGUAUAGAAUAUAUGUAGAAAGUUAUAAAAUAGAUGAUAUUAAAUUAUCAAGUGAUAAUAUUCAUUUUCUUACGUUAAUAAAAAAUAAAGGAUGUGUGUGUAUUUAUUCUUUUUAUAAAAAUAAUUUAAUAAAUAAAAUAUGCGAUUAUUUUCAAACCUAUGACCAUUCGUUUUUCUUAUCGAAAAAUAAUAACAUUGGUAUAGUAAAAUAUGAAAAGAAAUGCUUAACCAUAUAUAAUAUGAAUAAUCCAGAAAAAUGCUUAAUAAACAUAGAAAAUAUUAAGUAUCAAAAUAAAGGAUAUUGCUCAAAUUAUAUAAAUACUAUAUUUGCUUGUUUGGUUGAAAAUAAGAAAGAUAUAAACAUUUUAUUGUUGUCCUUAUAUAAUUAUACUAUUAUAAAAAUUAUUAAAUGUAUCAACUUUUUUCCGAAUGACAUAUUAUUUAGUAAAUCUGAUCACAUAAUAGCCUACAGCAAUAAAAACAAAUCAUUACAUAUAUAUAGUGCUGAUGGGGACCUGUUAUAUGUCUAUAAGUAUGCUGAAGAUUUGGGAGGCAUUAAUGUUGUAUCUAUAAAUGAAAUGAAAAAUACACUUUCCUUAGGAUUAGAAAAUGGAUAUGUGAAAAUUUUGUGUCUGGAAAAUUUUAAAGAAAUCAAGUUUUUCUUUUUGGAUAACACACUGCAAAUGAAUGACAAGCUUAACAUAUAUAAAGAAAAUAUUUCAUCAAAAAAUCAUAUUAAUGACAUCCUUUCGACAAAAAGGAAAAAAAAUGAACACUUUUCAUUUUAUACAAAUGUGUCGGAAGGUAUAAAAGAAGGAGAAUACAAACUAAAGCGUGAAAAGGGCCCUGUUGAAGUUAGCACAAAAGUAGGAAUAACAUUUUUAUCCUUUAGUAUAUGUGGAAAUUAUUUAUCUGUAUUAAACGAAAACCAUAACAAUGUGGUGAGGAUAUACGAAACAAAAAAUUAUUCAUGUAUAGCAAUAUUACAUCAAAAAAAUAAAGUGACCUUUAUACAGUGGGAUAAUAUAUUGUAUAAACCGAGGCUUUUAAUAUGUACAUGUACAUGUUACUUGUUUAUGUGGCUACCUUUUGAAUGUUAUGUAAUUAAAAUAUCGAAUGACUUUGUGUGUAAAGAAGCAGAAUGGAAUAAUGAUGGAACCUUGCUACUAACCAAAAAUGAUAAUAGUCUAGCAUUAUUUUAUCCAAGAAAAAAAUAA